AUGGAACCAGGAUCAUGCCCAGGAAGCACAGUAUCUGAGGGCUCGGACGAACUUCUCAGCGAGGCCCCUGAAUCCGACGUUCCUUUAGGUACCUGGGCGCAAGAUGAGGUCUUUCGGCAUAGCGACAUAUUGGAAGUAAUUUCUUAUCAUAUCGGAGACCCUUUGGCUUCGCCAUCCGCGUUUUCGGCGCGACAGGACCUCUUUUGCGCCGCGUUAACUUGCAGAGGGUUUUUGGCACCCUGCAUGGAUAUCCUCUGGCGCGACCUCGAUUCUCUUCUUCCUGUCUUGCGCCUAUUGCCGGAUUUUACCUACGUCGACGGUUCUUACGUGAGAUACCUCCUCCCAACUCCGUCCACUUCACUGAAACGUUGUCGUCAGAUACUUUUGGGAACGGUCCAGGUAGACGAUUGGCUGCGCCUGGAUACAUACGCGCGUCGCGUAAGAAGCCUGGCGAUGGGAUAUGACUCGAGCUUCAUCUCGCCACAGGUCUUCAUUCGCCUUUUGAAACUGCGAUCGAACCCGUUGCUUCCCGCAUUGGCUCAGCUGCGGAUUUCAACGUCAAGCUUCACCGACGCGCAGAGUUCAUUCUUGCUGCCAGCUCCCGCCUUAACGUCCGUUGAAAUUGAUAUCGGUACAGAAAGCGCAGGCGUCCCCACACUCCUUUUGACUCUAUCUCAAGAACAACCAUUAAUAUCUCACCUCAGCCUUCGCGGCGCCGGCAAGCUGCCUUCCUCCAUGUUCGCCCCGUCAUGCGCAUUCAUAAGUCAUAUGAAGCACAUUAGCUCUUUACAUCUAUCAUUCUCGGUACCAUCAAUAUUCAACUCCUUAAUGCCCGUCCUCGAGAUGGUAUCUCUCAUCGACCUAAGCCUGGAUCUUCGUGGAUGCACCAUCGAAUGCGUGAUGCCAUAUUUCGUCUUUCCACCUCUUCCCGGCGCUAUCGCUCCUGUACGGCGAAUAAAAAAGCUCCGCGUCGAAGGGGAAGGCCCUAUCAUUUUGCAUUUGACGAAACGCCUAGGCGUCAUCCCUUCGUUGACAGUCCUCGAAGUUAUUGUCCAUUCAGACCGGACGGUUUUAUUUCCUCUUAAAAUCGGAACGUUCUUCCACAACAUCAUGCUAUGGAUUCUGCUCCUCGCAAAAUCAAUACGUUCCCUUAGAAUUCACAAUGAUUCCGCCAUCCACGCGAGCGAGUCAUCCGCUGUCUUUCUGAAUCCUAAUUUAAUCGACCUUGAACAUCUCGAAUUCACAAAUUUUCCUAUCUCUGCUGAAGACGAAGAUAUUGAAGCGUUUACAUUGUCAUCGCCCUCUCUCAUAGACCUAUUCCUUCCCGGAGGAGGUCAAAAACUUCCUUCUCCUGCCGUCCUCCGUUACCUCUCCGAAAAUUGUCCAAAGUUGGAACACCUGCAAAUUCAUCUCAACAUGACUUUUGUUCCCAAACUUCCGGAAUCAUAUUGCUACUCUCAUCUUCUUAAAAACCUGACUAUCGGGAGCUAUGAUUUUGAAGCAACAAUUGACAAUCUAAUCGCGAUUUCUUCAUAUCUCCAUCGUCUAUUUCCUCAUCUGCGCACCGUUCAACAGGAUGACGCCUAUGAUAUCGAACAAUGGGGGCAUGUGGACCUUCUACUACGGGCAUUUCAAAGCGUCCGAAAGGAUACCUAUGCGUGUCUGGGGUUGACAUGA